CUGGAGCCAGCAGGACUCCCCAGUUCGCCCAGUGCUACCGGCUGCACGCACCGUCAAGGAACCCUCCAUUCAGAAGCAAGGCAAUGGCACUUCCCUCUCCUCACACAAAAUGGAACACAAGAGACAACAUAACUGAAGAAAUUACAGCUUCACACUAUUGAAAGACAAUCAAAUCUAAGUAGCUUCCAGCAGCAGGGAAAUAACCAACAGCUUCUCCACAGCACAGACUAGAAGGAGGCAAACAUGAACAUCACUAACUGUACCACAGACUCCGGCGUGGCUGUGAGACCCAAGACUGUCACCGAGAAAAUGCUCAUUUCCAUGACCCUUGUGAUCAUCACCACCCUGACCAUGUUACUGAACUUGGCUGUGAUUAUGGCCAUCUGCACCACCAAGAAGCUCCACCAGCCAGCCAACUAUCUGAUCUGUUCUCUGGCCGUGACAGAUCUGCUGGUGGCUGUGCUCGUCAUGCCCCUGAGCAUCAUGUACAUUGUCAUGGACAGCUGGAGGCUUGGGUACUUCAUCUGUGAGGUGUGGCUGAGCGUGGAUAUGACCUGCUGCACCUGUUCCAUCCUCCACCUCUGUGUGAUUGCCCUGGACAGGUACUGGGCCAUCACGAAUGCUGUGGAGUAUGCCCGAAAGAGGACCACCAAGAGGGCUGGACUCAUGGUCCUCACUGUCUGGACCAUCUCCAUCUUCAUCUCUAUGCCUCCUCUGUUCUGGAGGAACCACCGUCAGCUCAGCCCACCCCCAAGUCAAUGCACCAUCCAGCAUGACCACGUCAUCUACACCAUUUACUCCACUCUCGGGGCAUUUUAUAUUCCCUUGACCUUAAUAUUGAUUCUCUAUUACCGGAUUUACCAUGCAGCCAAGAGCCUUUACCAGAAAAGGGGAUCAAGCCGGCAUUUGAGCAACCGAAGCACAGAUAGCCAGAAUUCUUUCGCAAGUUGCAAACUUACACAGACAUUCUGUGUGUCUGAUUUUUCCACUUCAGACCCCACUACAGAAUUUGAAAAGAUGCACACCUCCAUCAGGAUUCCUCCCUUUGACAACGAUCUAGAUCACCCGGGAGAACGCCAGCAAAUUUCCAGUACCAGGGAGCGCAAGGCAGCACGCAUCUUAGGGCUGAUUCUGGGUGCAUUCAUAUUGUCCUGGCUGCCGUUUUUCAUCAAAGAGCUGAUUGUAGGCCUGAGCAUCUAUACCGUGUCCUCUGAAGUGGCCGAUUUUUUGACAUGGCUUGGCUAUGUCAAUUCUCUUAUCAACCCUCUACUCUACACAAGUUUUAAUGAAGACUUUAAGCUGGCUUUUAAAAAGCUCAUCAGGUGCCGAGAACAUUCGUAGGUCGUAAAAAGCCAAAAGGCUUGACUUUUACCAGCCUCGUGCGUGGGCAAGGGUAAGGGAUGCAAUUUAUUAAUUCCUGAACUUAACUGGUUCAGGAGAAUUUGUAAGUAUGUUUGGUCUUGUGGUUUGUUUGGUUUUGUUUUGUUUUGUUUGAGGCCUGUUAUUUGGUGUGCUGUUUUCUACCUCUGGUCUUACUUGUGGUACAUAAUUUCAAAUAAACAUUGUCAU